AUGAAACGACUUCCAAUUCGAACGGAUAUUGUGAAUCGCAUCAAUGUAUAUUUCAAUCAUUUCACAUCCUUCAGAACAAAUCCGAGAUACUCGGGGCGAUCUUCAUACGGUACAGCAGCUAACAUUGGUGUUGUAAAGCCGACUUUGAUUGAUGUUGGUAACGAUAAUGAUAUUUCGACUGCGACUGCGAUGCCAGUAAGGAGUGGUGAUUCGCUGAACGAAAGUGGCGCUGAUCUGAAGCAUUAUGACGAUGUUUGGACAGUUACUGAACGUAGAAAGAAUUUACCAAAUCGGUGGAAAAAUGCACAGUCUGUCGACGUAAAUGUUCAGCAAAACCAGCAGGAAAUAAUUGAGCAACAAAAACGAGAAAUAUUGCGAUUACUGAAGGAAAAUGAAGAGUUGAAGAAACAUGUUGCAUCAUCGCAACAAAAUACAAAUUCAACUCACAUAUCAAUUGAACACGAAAAUGGCGACGUUCAACCCGUAAGUUUUAUCCCCUGA